AUGACUUAUAUUCAACAAAAAGAUCUCAUUGAGGCCGCUAGAACACUACGGAGCGAGGGUGCACGAGUAGUGCCUGACUCACGAGUUUUACCCAACCCACAAAAUGCAGUCACAGAUGCCGCAUCAAGAGAUGAAGGAUAUGAUACAUUGGAAGUUUUACCCACCGAUGUCGCAUCAAAAGAUGGAGAUGAUGGAGAUGACAUAUUGAGAAUAUUUCAAGAUAUUUGGACUGUACCAGGAUCCUGGAGGAAUGCCGAUGGCUAUACGAUGCUUACAUUGCUGAUGUUAAGAAACGUAGCAGUACAAUGGGACUGGUUGGGAAAAUACUACCUGACCAAAAUGGCUCACGAUGACUGCUUUGGCGCGGGCGUGUACACACAUAACUGGUCGAAGGAUGGACAUAUGCCACUUCAUUUUGCGGUAGAGAGUGAUGAUUAUAAAUAUAUCGAAGAAUUAAAAGGCCUAGAAGAUGAACCAAACUUCAAUGGUGUUACAGCUCUUUAUCAUGCAGUUGACCUGGGCAAAGAGGAAAUCAUUAAAAAACUCCUUUCAGCGCUCCGUCUGAUUGAUAAAAGGCGAGUGGUGUUAUCGGCAAUACUAACUAAUUGCAAGGGAAAAUCUGCACUUCAACUUGCCAAGGAUAAGAAACUUCAGAAUGUUGUUAAAACAAUUGAAGAAUAUGCCAGAGCAUUUCACGAUUGUGCUUUAGUCCUACAACCAACGAUGCAUUGUUGUGAACUUAAUGAAUUCUCCAUUCAUCAGGUGCAAAAAACUAUCACGGAUCAGAGGCCAGACUUAUUCCGAUAUUAUGUUUGUCAUUGGCCGAAUGACUGCCUUGGAUGGAGAGAAGAGGAAACUGGCAAUACAAUAUUGCAAUGGAUGUUACGUAACAGAUGUAAUAUAUAUGAUAUAUUUAGGGAGACAUUUGACAGUACACCCUACUACAUGGCGAUGAUUCUCCUCGACUGUGCGGGUCAAAAAAAGGAUUUUGAAGGCUUUAUCAACUGCACUAAUAUUGAAAUGGAGACUGCAGAACAUAUUGCCAUAAAAACUAAGCAAUAUGAAUACUUAGAUCUGUUUCAUAGCAGAGGAAGCAACAUAUACGCCAGAGAUAACAAGGGCAAUAACGCUUUGUACUGUUUCUUAUCAACAGAAGAUGCUCUGCGUGAUGGUAGCAAUGCUCCAUAUCUGGAUUCAAUAUUGUGUUUAGACAAAUAUUAUCUAAGUAAUCCAACAAAGAUAGCUGGAAGCUCGAUAGCUGGAAGCUGUAUAAAACCAAAAGAUGGGGAUUUGAUUAUGACCAAAGGUUCUGACGACAAAUAUGCUCUUGAGCUGGUUCUAGCAAAAUACAGCAAUGCUGAUGAUGAUACUGGUGUGGCUAAGAUGCUAGUCCAGAUGUGGCCUGAAAUUCUGACCAGACUCCCUGAAGCAAAAUAUAAGGAGCUGUGGGAAGCACAGAGACUGACAAAACGGAAAUUAGAAAAGGUUUUGUAUAAGGGUAUGGACCCACUUUGGUACAGCAGAGUGGGAGAAAUAUUUAUUAGGAACCAAGACAAAAACUUUGCAGUUGAACUUCUAGACCAUGGUGUACUUCCUAGUUUAGGCUUGAAGAAUUACACUAAUUCACCAUUGCAUUGGUUUGUGAAGGAUUAUAAUAGAUACAAAACAGAGAACCCCCUGCUAAGUUUUAAGGAUGUUGACAUGAACAGUACAGAUUUCUAUGGGAAAAACAUCAUAUUCUAUGCGAUAGAAUACUGUAACUGUGAAUUACUUGAACUUGUCAUAAACCUUGAUGUAAGUGUGCGACUUGAGGACAUAGUUCAUGCAGUCAACAAGGGGUGGGCCAACGUGGAAGCCAAGCUAGUGAAUCUUCUUAUCACGGGCUGGCUCAAAAAAAAGAUAUCGUAUGGACCUUGCCGGCACCUGGACGAAGCCCUAAGCCCUAAGAGGAUGACCCUAACGGGGAUAUCCUCCUUUGUCUUCAGGAUUUCCUAA